UUGUGGAGGGUAUGAGAGGCAGUUUUGAUGAACACAGUUAUAGACGCUUUCAAACAAAGCUCAUCUGUUAUAUUGGUAUAUUGGCAUUUUUUGCGCGUAUCUUUUAAAAUUAAGGGAAGACGGACUAACCACGUGCGCAGCAAACGUAUAAAACCUGCAGGUGAGACAUGAACAAAGAUACUAGACUGAAGGCAACAGUGAACCAGAAGCUGACAGAGAUGGGUGAACGAGAGAGACUCAAGGAACUUUUGAGAGCCAAACUCACAGAGUGUGGAUGGAAAGAUCAGAUGAAGGCUCAUUGCAAAGAGGUUAUAAAAGAGAAGGGCCUGGAGCAUGUGACUGUGGAGGAUCUGGUGGCAGAGAUUACUCCCAAAGGAAGAGCGAUGGUGCCUGAUAGUGUCAAGAAAGAGCUUCUCCACAGAAUAAGAGCCUUUCUGUCUCAACACGCCUCAUAAGCCACACUAUUUUUGCUGAUUUGUUUUUACUUGAUUUUUAGAACUUUUCACUUGUUUUAGCAGUAUGCUUUGUUGUACAUUUUUUAUA